AUGCUUAGUGGUCCAGUCUCUUCAUACAUUGGUCAAUUGACCAAUCUGAUCUUUUUGUAUCUUUCUUCAAAUCGAUUCAAUGGUUCCAUCCCUCUAGUAAUAUGGAAGCUAAAGAAUUUGCAAAAAAUUUCUAUGCAUGAUAACAUGUUUAGUGGUCCAAUCCCUUCAUCUUUUGGUCAAUUGAGCAAUUUGAUCUUUCUAGAUCUCUCUUCAAAUAGAAUUAGCGGCUCCAUCCCUCAAGAGACUUGGAAACUAAAGAAUUUCCAAGUGAUUAAUAUGGGUCAUAACAUACUUAGUGGUUCAAUCUCUUCAUUUUUGGGUGAAUUGAUCAAUUUGACAUUUUUAGAUCUUUCUUCAGACCGACUCAACGGUUCCAUCCCUCUAGAAAUAGGAUAUUUGACGCACUUGUCUUACUUGGACUUGAGUAGCAACUUCCUCACAGGUCGAAUUCCAUUGUCUCUAGAUCGAUUGACAGAUCUUUACUCUCUUAAUCUGUCUGCAAAUCAGAUGGACGGAAUGGCACCACCUGAUCAUGGGGGUUUGCCCAGCCUUAGUGAGCUUGAUUUGUCAUUGAACCAACUUUCAGGCCACAUACUAAACCUCCAACUUACCAAUGGAGCUCGGCAUCUAGAUCUCUCGCAUAAUCGGCUCACCGGGCCUCUCCCUAAGAAGCUAGAACAACUCAGCAAUUUGUUGUACCUAGGAUUGAGUAGCAACUAUUUGAAUGGACCAAUACCGACUGGAUUAGCAUCUUUGCCAUUAGAGUACUUAAAUCUCUCCCACAAUAAUCUGUCUGGUGAAAUCCCCAUUGGUUUUACGGGACGGCAUGGAUCUGUUGACUUGUCAAACAAUGCUUUCGAGGAUCAAAUAUCACAUAGAUCUCAACAUGCGCAUCUAAAGAAGAAAAAAAUUGCCUACAAAAACAUCAUCGCAGCAACAAAUGAUUUUGACAUUAGAUAUUGCAUAGGAACAGGUGGUUAUGGCAGCAUUCAUAGAGCACAAUUGCCUAGUGGCAAGGUAUUUGCAUUGAAGAAGCUUCAUCGUUUUGAAGCUGAGGAUUCAAAUUUUGACAAGAGUUUCAAGAAUGAGGUGCAAAUGUUAACUAAAAUACGAUAUCGAAAUAUAGUGAAACUUUAUGGAUUUUGUUUGCACAACAGAUGCAUGUUCCUGGUGUAUGAAUAUUUGGAAAGGGGAAGCUUGUUUUGUGCCUUGAGAAUUGAUGUUGAUGCUGUUGAAUUAGGAUGGACUCAGAGGGUAAACAUUAUUAAAGCAAUAGCACAUUCUCUAUCCUACUUGCAUAAUGAUUGCAACCCACCUAUUGUUCACCGAGACAUAUCGAGCAACAACAUUCUAUUGAACUCUGAAUUGGAGGCUUGUGUCUCUGACUUUGGCACCGCUAGGCAGUUAUAUCCCGAUUCAUCGAAUCAAACAGUAAUUGCAGGCACUUAUGGAUAUAUUGCCCCAGAACUUGCCUACACUAUGGUUGUGACUGAAAAAUCCGAUGUUUAUAGCUUUGGGGUAGUUGCACUAGAAACAAUCAUGGAAAAGCAUCCAGGAGAACUCCUCUCAUCAUUGGCAUCGUUGUCUACUCAAAAUAUAAUGCUAAGUGAUGUCUUAGACUCACGCCUUCCGUAUCCAACUAAUCUGACAGUUGUAAGGAACAUUGUGCUAGCUGCUGCGUUGGCAUUUGCAUGUGUGCAUUCUGAGCCAAGAUCUCGUCCAACAAUGCUAUUCGUAUCUCAAGAGUUGCUUGUUUGCAAGAAGACUUUAGCUACACCUUUUCGUGUGAUUUCACUACAACAUCUAUUGAAUCCAGAAAUGGAUUUUACAUGA